AUGGCGGUCUUGAGAGUGAAGUUCACCAAGACCAAGAGGGACAAGUUGGCCCAGGUGCUGUGGAUCCUCAACUGGAUCUCAGUGGUGACAGGGGCCAUCCUGUUCAGCCUUGGGCUCUUCCUCAAGGUGGAGAUCAACAAGCGAGGGGAGCUGAUGGCUGAGAGGGACAUCCAGUACAUGCCCAACAUGCUUAUAGCUGUGGGCCUCAUCGCCUGUGCCAUUAAUUUCCUGGGUGGGAAGAUUUGUUACGACUGUGUGGACACAACCAAGUUCUUGCGCUGGAAGCUGAUCAUGCUGCCCUACAUUAUAUGCACCUUCUUCUUCACCUUCUGCGUGCUGGUGGGGGCUCUGAUGUGUUACAGCAUGCGUGGGGAGCUGGAGGUGUCUUUGGACCUGGGGCUGACAGAGGCCAUGAGGUUCUAUAAGGACACAGACACACCAGGACGCUGUUUCCUGAAGCGCACUGUGGACAUGCUGCAGAUAGAGUUCCACUGCUGUGGCAACAGUGGCUAUAAAGACUGGUUCCAAAUCCAGUGGAUCAGCAACCGUUACCUGGACAUGUCUCAAAAAGAGGUGGUAGACCGAUUAAGGAGUAACGUGGAGGGGAAGUACCUGAUGGAUGGAGUCCCCUUCAGCUGCUGCAACAUCAACUCCCCCCGGCCCUGCAUCCAGCAGCAGAUCACCAACAACUCUGCCCACUUCAACUAUGAGCACCAGACAGAGGAGCUAAACCUGUGGAUUAAAGGGUGUCGGGAGGCGUUGCUGGAGCACUACAACUACAUCAUGCAGUCCAUUGGCCUUGCAGUCCUCAUCACUUGGCUGUUUGAGCUGUCAGUGUUGACAGGAGUCCGUUACCUACAAACUUCCCUGGAAAACGUGCUGAGGCAGGGAGAUCCCAACUCCGAGUCUGACGGCUGGCUGCUGGAAAACAGCUUCAUUGAAACCGCCCGCACAAACCUGAACAUCAUCAAGAGCCUAGGCAAGAGCAACCAGAUAGACACAGCCAACAAUGGAGACCCCAACAUUAAUGUCCCCUCCACCUCCAAAGCACACUAUGGGCCAGACAAUGUGCCGCCGAAGCAGACACCUGAAGCAGAGGAACAGCAUCACUGA